UGCGCACAUUGGGGAAAGAGGAGCUGGACCCCGCCCCGUCCUGCUGCUUUGCUCCUCCGCCGUGCGUACGGGGGACGUCGGGGGCGGCGCCGUAGCAGUUGCCCCUGGUAACGGGGGAGGCUGGAGGAGGAGGAGGAGGAGGGACUCGGCGGGAGGAUGGGCUUACUCUCAAUUCUGCGCAAACUGAAAAGUGCACCAGACCAGGAGGUGAGAAUCCUUCUCCUGGGCUUGGAUAAUGCUGGCAAGACCACUCUUCUGAAGCAGCUGGCAUCUGAAGACAUCAGCCACAUCACACCGACACAGGGUUUUAACAUCAAAAGUGUACAAUCACAAGGUUUUAAACUGAAUGUCUGGGACAUUGGCGGACAGAGGAAAAUCAGACCAUACUGGAGGAAUUAUUUUGAAAACACUGAUGUUCUUAUAUAUGUAAUUGACAGCGCAGACAGAAAAAGAUUUGAAGAGACAGGUCAGGAACUAGCUGAAUUACUGGAGGAAGAAAAGCUAAGUUGUGUGCCCGUGCUCAUCUUUGCUAAUAAGCAGGAUCUGCUGACAGCAGCCCCUGCCUCUGAAAUUGCAGAAGGGCUGAACCUGCACACCGUCCGUGACCGGUUCUGGCAGAUCCAGUCUUGCUCCGCUCUCACGGGAGAGGGCGUUCAGGACGGCAUGAACUGGGUCUGCAAACAUGUCAACCCAAAGAAGAAAUAAAAUCUCGACGAAUGGAGAUGUGGGAGCUGCGGGAGCUGAAUUCUGUCCUGAAAAACACUAAUUUGCUGCUUUCUGACCAAAUGUUUUUCCAUCUGUGUACAGCUACAGCUGUAUGAAGAGAAGGAGCAACACCAUUUAAAAAGAAUCCCCAUUCCAGCCGUAGAUUUAACUGAUCUCUGAGGUUCAGUAUCAUUUUUCAAAUAAAGGAAUUAUAUUAUUUCCUCUGCAUAA